GUCCUGUUUCUUCGGUUGCAAAACGAAACCACAUGAUUCCAUGAGUAGGUUGCAUUGGAAGGUCGAUUUGCCGAUUCUGAAUUGGAAGGAUGCUUUACUUGGAGAGGAGGGUACUCGGGCUAGCAACCUGUGAGCUCCAUACUGGAAAGCUAUUGAAGUACACCUUGAAGCCUGAUUCCCAUCACACCUUUAACUCCUUCCUUCUCCAAAGGGCAUGGCUUUCGUCACAGCCUCAGCCCAGUGGACGUCUCCCUUGUCAUUCCCUUGACCAGAGAGCAGCAGGGUUGUAUGGGAUCCACGCACAGCCCACACAAGCCGGUCCCCAUCACCGCCCCCCAACCCUCCCACUCCUGACCCACAGGGUCCUCCUCUCCCAGGCCCCCUCCCCCAAACCCAACCCCUCCGAGUCUGCCGCCAACAUCAAGCUGCGGACCCGUCUGCUGGUGACCCUGCUGUUUGGCGGCGGGCUGCUGGGAACCUGGUGGUACGCCCACUCGGAGAAGGAGCAGAGACGGCGGACGCAACGCAUGGAGCAGCUGAGGCAGGUGGCUCUGGGCCACGGGGACUUCCACCUCCUGGACCACAGGGGGCAGCGGAGGACCAAGAAAGACUUCCUGGGGAGCUGGGUGCUGCUGUACUUUGGCUUCACCCACUGCCCGGACAUCUGCCCCGAGGAGCUGGACAAGCUGAGCGCCGUGGUCACGGCCCUGGACCAGGACCCCGCCCUGCCGCCCGUCCAGCCCCUCUUUGUCACCGUGGACCCCGAGAGGGACGACGUGGCGGCGCUGGCUCGGUACGUCGGGGACUUCCACCCGCGCGUGAUCGGCCUGACGGGCACCACGGAGGAGGUGAGGCAGGCGGGGAGGGACUACCGCGUGUACGCCAGCCUGGGGCCCAAGGACGAGGACGGGGACUACAUCGUGGACCACACCAUUCUCAUCUACCUGGUGGACCCCGACGGCCUGUUCCUGGACUACUACAACCGGAUGAAGAGCGACGGCCAGAUCGCCGACAGCAUCAGGAAGCACAUGAAAGCGUAUGUGAAGUUACUGCCUGAGUGAAUGGUCGGCUGCUCAAGGUCGGGACUGAAUAGCUGGGGAUUCCUGGACGAUCUCGAUUCUGCACCUCCUAUUUAAGACCUGGGCUUUUGACACUCAAUAGUGACACCUUUGGAUGGAGUGCCAGCCUGGGCAUCAUAUGGUUACAGGAAGAAGACCGCGGUGAAUGAUUUGAUUGCAGUGUGGAUUCAUGUGUGGAUACAGAAUUGCUGUAUGUCUGAUAGAAUGGAGAGCAGUCCGUCAGACUUCUUGUCUUUUUACCGCCAAUGACUCAUUGUUGUCAUUGCUAAAUGCCUCUGUACACUUCAUACAUCUGUAUAAAUGUUCCGAAAAUG